GGCUGCUUCAAUUUGGCUGUUAAACUGUUUACACUCGGUUUAUCGUGCUGCGGUUCACCCCUCCGUUUACAAUUCUGCAAUCUCUUGGGCUCUGAUCCCAAUUUGUAGCAUCAUAUCCACAUAAUUGAUUAAGAUUUCAAGUGUGUUCGUCGUUAAUAUCGUGCUUAAUUGAUUAUUUUCUGACGACGGUCAGCACCAGCACCCGCUAUACUGCGGCGCUCAUCACGACUCCGACAUAUUUACAGUGCUUCAGAGGAAGCUGAAGAUAUGGAUUUUGGCACAUCUGAAGAUCAGAUUUUAAAGGAGGAGGAUGAGAAAGGCACUGCUGAAAAGAAGACUGAGGGGGAAGAAUCACGAAAAGCUGGAAAACCGUCCUCUCGUAUCCCCACUUUCCAAAGCUCCCUGGCUCGCAAGCGAACCACUACCCAAAUUGCAGAGUCACUUAAGCCUGAGGGAUCCAGUAGAGAAUGUCAAAUGAAAGAGAAAGGGAUCGGCUCUGGAGAGACACUGCGUACAAAAUUGCCAGUGUUUGGUGACCGAGAAACAGCCUUGCCUGUUCUGUCAACUCGCAUACACUCACACAGCACUGAUGAUCUCUCUGUUGCCGAUAUGUCAGAUCCCAUCCAGUCUGAUACUUCAGAUGCAACGUCACUUCCACAUGAAGGAAACCACUCUCCUGAACCAAAUGACUCGGACGUUCUUGAGGAAUCACUUCACCGACCGAGUCUUAGAGAAGAGAUAGAGUCCCAUGACACGGCUUCAGCCUCAGAACCACUUGAAGAGCCUCAAGAUACGAAUACAGAGGUUCAGUCAGAAGACAAGCAAGAAUCAGAUACUGUUCUUCAGGAUAAUCUUAAACAAAAACUCAGUGAAGUUAUUCAGGAUAUUGGAGAUGAAUUGAAGAAGACGCUUGAAAAAGAAAUACCAUCAUCAAUCAUGGAGGAUGCCCAAAAGCAGUGUUCAGCAUUAAAAGAGACUAAAAAGCUUUCUGUGGAUGUGUCACAGAACAAAGUUUCAAAGCAGAGUGAGGUCUCUGUUAGGAGUAAAACAGACCAGUCAAGACAGGCAGAACAAAAACACAGCACAUCCUCAACGACAAGAGGAAGGAGCUUUGCUCUCUUCUGUAUCCUCCCAUCUAUCCUGCUGCUUCUGGGUGGAUUUGGUCAACACAUAUGGCUCUAUGGGGUCCCUAGAUCUGUGUCCCACCUCAUGGUGCAGCUAGAACUGCACUGGCUUGAAGGUUUCUGGUUGCCCCAAGAGGAAUGUAGCUCUGAUUGUCGGCUCACUCUUACUGAGAGUAUCCCUGAAGGAAUGUCCUUCCCCUCUGGCUCCCCACACCUGCAGAGCAUCACGCAUACCUGGACCAACCUGCUGAACCGAGCUAACGCCUCAGUCAACAUUGCUGCUUUCUACCUCACGCUUAGAGACUCAGAUAUUGGCCUGAUUGAUCCCAGUGCAAUGCAGGGCAAAGUACUGUUAGAUCACCUGAAGCAGCUUGAAUCUAGAGGCGUGAAUUUAAAGAUUGCCGUUAACGCACCUCAGACGUACAGAGCAGACACAGAUGAGCUAACAGAAACAGGUGCAGAGAUCAGAGAGGUUGACCUUGAGAAGAUCACUGGAGGUGUCGUCCACACAAAACUUUGGGUUGUGGACAAGAAGCACAUGUAUGUAGGAAGUGCAAACAUGGACUGGCGCUCGCUAACCCAGGUAAAGGAAGUUGGUGUUUCUGUGGAAGACUGCAGCUGUUUAGCACAGGAUGCAUCAAGGAUAUUUGGAGUCUACUGGGAACUCGGUGCUCAGAAAAAUAGUUCCUUACCGCCUUACUGGCCUGGCCGAUUCUCCGCCCUCUCCAGCAUUAAGUACCCAUUAACUGUUAAAUUCAACGGUGUUCCUGCACGUGUCUAUCUGUCUAGCGCUCCACCUCAAUUAUCCACUUUUGGAAGAACAGAUGAUCUUUCAGCUAUCCUCUCUGUAAUUGCUGAUGCCAAAAAAUUCAUCUAUGUGUCAGUGAUGGAUUACCUUCCCAUGUCUCAGUUCACCCCUGAAAUUAGAUUUUGGCCUGCCAUUGAUUCAGCGCUGCGAGAGGCUGCAUGUGCCCGAAAGGUGGAGGUGAAUCUGCUGGUCAGCUGCUGGAGCCACUCCUCAGAAACCAUGUUCAUCUUCCUGCAGUCUUUAUCAGUACUUAGCAAGUCACCCCUCAGAUGCAACGUUCAUGUUAAAGUGUUUGAGGUUCCUCAUACAUCAGCGCAACAUCAGAUCCCAUUUGCCCGUGUAAACCAUGCCAAGUUUAUGGUGACCGAUCGUGUUGUCUACAUCGGAACCUCUAACUGGUCUGAAAACUAUUUCACCCAGACAGCUGGAGUCGGGCUCGUGGUGAAUCAGACAGGCUCUGUCGUGGAAAAGGGCCAGCAAACAGUGCAGAAUCAACUACAGAAGAUUUUCCUGAGAGACUGGAAUUCUGACUUUGCUCAAGUUCUAACAGACGAUCUUGUAGAGCAUUGCAGCAGGAGGGAAAAGCCAUUGUAAAGCUCUUAUAUAAUAGACAACAUUCAUGCACUAUUUGGCCUUGCGACUUGCUGUAACAUGGAAUGUACAGAAACAUACCUUUACUCUGGGCAGCAUUCGGUCUUGUAACGUCUCUGUGAUGUAUAUAUUUUAUUAGCUUGUUGUAAAUUUUGUUUUUAUGAUUUGUUUACAUGUGUGCAUUUUCUCGUGUGCCAAAACCUGACUUGUUUAGACGUAUGCUCAGAAGUACUGAAAGUGUUAAAACAGCAUGGUUCAGAAAAUGCCAUUGUUUCAAACAAUCCGGUUCUUAAUUAAACAGCUGCAGCUUUAAUCCCG